UUGAAACGGAUGCACUGGCACCAGACCAGAGAGACCAGAAAACCUGAAGAUCCUCCAUAAAAGUCCCCGUCAGAGACGAACGCCGAACCCCAAGCCGAAGCCGAAGCCAAAAGCCAAAGCCAAAGUCGAAGCCGAAGCCGUGCGAAUGUCUGUCGUCGGUUCAGGUGUACGAAUAAGAAGCUCCCAGAGCCACCUUGGCCGUCGCUACGAGUAUCUUCAUCGGCCGCGUUGGUCGUUUAAAAGUGAAAUUUACUGAAUGAAAUGAAAUGAAAUGUUUUCUUGAAAGCCCCGUCCUCAGUGCCCGAGUCCGAAUUCGAGCCCGGCCAUUUUUGUGUGGAUCGUAUCGUGUUUUGUGUGUUUGAUUAUUGAUUUGUGACAAUUGUCAGCCAGGAAAUGACUGCAAAUUAAUCAAAUAAGAGCAUUCACAAAAGGAUUAUAAAACGAAUACAAGCCCGAAAGCCGAAAAUAGAGUUGAGAAUCAUCGCUCCUCAGCGACCUGCAUUGAAUGAUAACAGAAGAAAAACCGACGGCGAUCAACGAACCGAGCCAAGAUGAUGAUCAGUAAACGCCACAAGAGCAACGAUUUGGUUACGAUACUGUGUCUGGGCUGCUCCCUGCUGCUGCUCCUCUCGGCCGCACCCGUGGUUCACUCAGCCGGUGGAGUCUUCGAGGUCUUGGCUCAAUCAACAGCGUCAGAGACGGAGGCGACGGCGACCACGACGACGACGAAGACAAAUGCCAGUCAGGAUGAGGUUGGUCAGCCACAGCCACAGCCACAGCCACUGACGCCCGGUGCGACAACAGCUCCCCGACUGGAUCACAACAACAACAACGAGUGGAGACCGUUGGGACAUGGGGAUCCGCUCCAAAAGGAUCCCACCUACGACUAUAGCCCGCCCGCCCUGGACAGAGUGCGCUAUUGGGCAGAGAACAAUGGCACCGGACAGAGUAACCCAGAGGCCAGGAAGAAGGAGUUGCCACCGGAGGUGUUGCGGAACAAGACGAAGAGCGAGAUCCUUCUUCUAGGUGUAGCCAGUGAGCGGGUGAGAGUGCCACAUUCGCAUUCCUAUCCGGGAAUGGGUUUGGGACAGCAGCUGCAGCAACAGCAACAGAAACAACAACAGCAGGCAAAGUAUGCGGCUAUACGAAGGAGUUACUAUGCUCCGCCGCAGCAGCAGCAGUUUCAACAACAAAUUCAACAACAAAAUCAACAAUUUCAACAACAGUACACACAAAAGCAUCAACAACAUCUACAAAAUCCACAGCAAUCCCAUUCACAAAGCCAACAACAUUCACAAAUUCAACAACAGCUGCUACAAAAUCAACAUCAACAUCAGCCUCAAUUUCAACAGCAACCGCAGCAGCACAUACCGCCCACGCAUUUGAUGCCACCGCCCAUGAUGAUGAUGAAAGCUGGCUCUGGCUCUGGCUCUGGCUCUGCGCCGUCCCACACGGAAUAUCGUCACAGCAUGAUGGGGGGAAGUCCGAUAUCUAUUUCGGGUUCACCCAGCAUGAGCACCUCCUACAUGAGCCACAUAAGCCACAUGAGUUCACCUCCACCCAAGCAAUCGAUGACCUCAUCGAUGGCCUACCAUCCGCCCUACACCUCCUGGCACACCUCUGCUCCCUUUAGCGGCAUGUCAAGCAUGCCACCGCAUCGCUUGAACUACGCCGAUGCCCACCACCAGGAGUCCAUGCAGCACUACAGCUUCAGCUCCAGUCCCCACCAGACGGUUAGCUAUUCGCCCAACUCCCUGACGGGACAUCUGGGUGGUUCGAAGGCGUCUCUGAGGAAGCCCUGGCUUCACGAACUCCUGCAGAAGGAGGUAGUGCUCAAGCCGAAGGUAAAGCCCACAAUGCCGGCCACCAAGUACCUGAUGGGAACGAGCAAACCUUAUCAGUCCCUGCCACCUGCAGGCUAUGGCAUUAGUUCCACGCGUCCACCGAUGGCCUACGCAACCGUGACCUUUGUGCCGCAGACCAGCAGCAGCUCUGGGUUCCGACCGAUGCUGUCGACCAGUCCAACCAAUUCCACAUCCAUCUCCAUGCCAAUGACCACGCCUACGUCUGUGCCCAUCUAUCUACGCCCUGAACCCACCAGCAGCACCACCACCACGACGACGACGACGACGACGACUAACAACCGCCUGCUGAUCCCGCAGACGAGCAAUCUGGCCCAACGUCCCACAGUGGCACCCGCGCCGGAAUCCACCACCGACUCGCUCUUUUCGCACUAUAGGCAGCCGCCCAAGGCUCUGCUUGGACCCAUGUAUCUCAUCAUCGAGGGUCAUUCCAAGGUCAAGACCUAUGGCCAAAACGAACUGGACCCCCACAGUCCGAAGAUAGUGCCGGUAAUCUCUAAGAGAGAACCUGUAGUCCGUAUCGCCGAUCCGAAUGAGAAGCGUGGGACAGUGGAGACCUUUCAGGUCAAGCAUUUGCAUACGAAAACAACGCCAAUGACGACCACCACAGAAAGGCCUUCUACGACAACCACAAGAAGGACGGUCACCAGUUCCACCACCAAACCCACUCAAAGAGCAACCACAUUGAAGACGACUGCAACAACUUCUUUACCGCCAUCGACAACUCCAUCUAUUCCGCGGCCAUUGAUAAUUCCAUCUACUCCUCCGCCUAGUGGCGUCAAUGAUCUGCUCAGCCUGUUGGACAACAUGUUUGCCGAUGUCCAUGAGAUUGCCUCCUCGACAACUUCACACCCAGCCUCAGUCCCGAAUCCAAUCCCAGCCAGCAGCACCAUGAGCACAAUCCUGAAGCCGGUGAGCACCAGGCUGCUUCCCCAGCAGCCAGAGCCUCGUAUUGGCAGUCAGGCAGGCAGCAUAUCGAGUGUACUGGAAGAUGAUGAAGCUGGCGAGGAUCUGGGGUCAGAGGUUGCCACCAGCACGGAGCUGUCGGUGCGGGCAACGCGUCAGGUCUUUGACUAUGAUCAAUUGCCCGAGUCGAGGGUUAAGGUUGGGGCCACAGUUACAACCGACAUUGAAUACAAUGACGACGAUAAUGAUGAUGAGGAGGAGGAUGAGCUGGAGGAGGCGGGUUUCGAUGAUGAGGCUGCCACCUCUGCCAGUCAGCAGGAGGCGAACGAAGAGGCUGAGGAGGAGGAAGAGGAGGACAACGAGCACAAUCUACUCAAACGCAUCGACAGGUUCGUGGAUGAUGUGGACGAUGGAGAGGAUGAUUUAGAGGACUUGAUUGAGGGCCUGUCUCCAGACGAAGAUGAUGGGGAGGCCGACGAUGCGGAGGGAGAGGAGAGACGACAGCAGCAUUAGCCUAAGAUAACACAAUUUUCUUAACUGCGCUCUAUACCAAAUCUAUCAGAAACUUUUCUUACACUUAAUUGUUUUUGUAAAUAAGUCAGCUUUAACGGGAGGAGAACCGAUCUGUAUAUCUGUAUCUGUAUUUAUUUGUUGUUAGUUGUUAGGCCCUGCUGACGUCACAAUGUGACUGAAAUGUUAGUUACAAUUAAUUUGAGGAUUUUGUAUUGUAUUCUACAAAUUCAAUUAUUGAAAUGUUUGUUUUGUAGUUGUUAGUGCAAUAAAAUAAAACAUACAAAAAUAUCCGUUAACAAGCGACAUCAAUUCGAGAGAUAAAAUAUAUGUCAAACAAAGUUACAUUUAAGACGAAAGCUCUUUUCAAAUGCUCUCACACGAUCGCUUUUCCGCGCUCAUCACCGCUAUCAUUGGUCGGGGUGUUGAUGUUUUCUAAAUGAAAAUGAUUGCUUUCAAUCCAAAUGCAAGGUGAGCUAGCACAGCGA